AUGGAAGGAGAUCAAGAUUUGUGGAAGGCCUUUAAGCCGGAAAAACUUAAGUGGGGAAAGAAAUUAGCUUCCGGUGGUUAUGGAGAUGUGUUUGCCGGUGCAUACGAUGGGAAAAAAGUUGCAAUCAAAGUAAUGAUUGGUUCAGCUUUUGAACAGGCGUUCCAGCGAGAAGUAUGGACAUGGAUUCAGUGUUUAUUGGGGCAACGAAAGAUAUCACCCCCGAAGCAGCUCAAAAGUUGUUAUUGCAUUGUGAGUGAAUUUCUCCCGGGUGGUACGUUAGCCGCGUACAUCAUAAAACCCAAGAAGAUAGCUUUCUCCCGCAAACUCCAAUUAGCCCUGGAUGCUGCCAGAGGGGUGUCUCAUCUACACUCCAAGAACAUCCUUCAUCGAGACGUGAAGCUCGAGAAUCUGUUACUCGAUGGUGAAGGCAGGGUGAAGAUUCUCGAUUUUGGGAUUUCAAGAAUUGAAGAUGUUGACAUGAGCGUCAAUGUCGGGAGCAGAGGAUACAAAGCUCCAGAGGUUAUGAUUCAUGGGUCGUAUGAUUGCAGGUGUGAUGUCUUCAGUUUUGGGAUUUGCCUCUGGGAGAUAUAUUACCAGAAGAGAGCCCAACUCAAUCUGAGUACAACCCCACGAAUCGGCGAUGAUUGUCCCGAAGAUCUGGCUAAUUUGAUGAGGCGGUGCUGGAGGGAUUGUAAAGACAGACCCAAGAUGACAGAAGUCGCCAAGGAUUUAGAAGACAUGUUAAGCAAAACAGAAGACGACAUGGGCUCGGAUCCGGUGUAUAUCAAUCGAGUGCACAUCCAAAAAGUCACCUCAAUUGCUGAAGAAGUGAAGAUUGGAAAGAAAAGAUUGGGGUGUUUUUUCUUUUUCCAACAUUUGGUGAAGCAUGCGGAAUCUCAAAUUUUGUUGAUACAAACAAGUCGACGGCAGCAGCGGCACGGUGUGUUUCCCGGCGGAAAAAGGAGGACGAAGAAGACGUAG